GCGCCUGGCUGAGCCAGGCUGCUCCGCUGUGCGCACAUUCCGGGCGCUGCUUCUCCGGCUCCCCGGCCCUUGCGCAGGCACCUGGCGGCAGGGGCGGCGGGGUCGCCAGGGCUGAGCGCAGGACGCGCCCACCGACUCGGAGGGAGCAGGAGAUGGACGCUCCGCGGAGCCCCCCGCAGCUGGACCGGGACCUGCUGGAGUCCCCCGAGGGCUGCCCGUCCCCGCUGGAGCUCAAGUCCGCCCCCAGCAAGAAGAUGUGGGUCAAGCUGCGGGCGCUGCUGAGGUACAUGGUGAAGCAGCUGGAGAAUGGCGAGGUGAACAUCGUGGAACUAAAGAAGAACCUGGAGUACACAGCUUCACUGCUAGAGGCCGUCUACAUUGAUGAGACCAGGCAAAUCCUGGACACAGAGGAUGAGCUGCAGGAGAUCAAGUCGGAUGCGGUGCCGUCGGAGGUGCGGGACUGGCUGGCCUCCACCUUCACCCAGCAGACCCGCGCUAAGGGCCGACGCUCCGAGGAGAAGCCCAAGUUCCGCAGCAUCGUCCACGCCGUUCAGGCCGGCAUCUUCGUCGAGAGGAUGUUCCGCCGGACGUACACAGCUGUGGGGCCUAACUACUCCACUUCUGUCAUCAACUGCCUGAAGACCCUGGACCUGUGGUGCUUCGAUGUGUUUGCGCUGAACAGAGUGACGGAGGACCAUGCCCUGCGCACCAUUGUCUUUGAGCUGCUCACCAGACACAACCUCAACAGCCGCUUCAAGAUUCCCACUGUGUUUUUAAUGACCUUACUGGACGCACUGGAGGCUGGCUAUGGGAAAUACAAGAACCCCUACCACAAUCAGAUCCAUGCGGCGGACGUGACCCAGACUGUGCACUGCUUCCUGCUGCGCACUGGCAUGGUGCACUGUCUGACGGAGAUUGAGGUCCUGGCCAUCAUCUUCGCAGCUGCCAUCCACGACUAUGAGCACACGGGCACCACUAAUAGCUUCCACAUUCAGACCAAGUCUGACUGUGCCAUCCUGUACAACGACCGCUCGGUGCUGGAGAACCACCACAUCAGCGCUGUCUUCCGCAUGAUGCAGGAGGAUGAGAUGAACAUUUUCGUCAAUCUGGCCAAGGAUGAGUUUGGGGAGCUGCGGUCCCUGGUGAUUGAGAUGGUCCUGGCCACAGACAUGUCCUGUCACUUCCAGCAGGUCAAGUCCAUGAAAACCUCCCUCCAGCAGCUGGAGAGGAUUGAUAAAUCGAAAGCGCUGUCGCUGCUGCUGCAUGCAGCCGACAUCAGCCACCCCACCAAGCAAUGGAGCGUCCACAGCCGCUGGACCAAGGCUCUGAUGGAGGAGUUCUUCAGACAGGGGGACAAGGAGGCUGAGCUGGGCCUGCCCUUCUCUCCGCUCUGUGAUCGCAAGUCCACGCUGGUGGCCCAGUCCCAGAUCGGUUUCAUCGAUUUCAUCGUGGAGCCCACUUUCUCGGUGCUGACGGACGUGGCGGAGAAGAUCGUCCUCCCGCUGGUGGAGGAAGACUCCAAGUCUAAGUCCUCCUCCAGCCAGCAGAGCAGUUCUCAAUGGAAGCAGCCGUCCCUGGACGAGCAUUCAGAGCUGGGCGACAUCAACGCUGACAUCACCAGCUUCCGCUCCACAUGGACCAAGUACAUCCAGGAGAACAAGCAGAAGUGGAAGGAGCGAGCAGCCAGCGGGAUCACUAACCAGACAUCCAUUGAUGAGCUGUCACCGUGCGAGGAGGAGCCACAUGUGCCCGAAAACCAGCACAAUCAGAACGGUGAUGUGGAAUAGCACAGUCUGCGAGGGAGAGAGGUCCCUUUUCCAACUGAAUGAUGCAGUUUAGUCCAAAGUAUUCGAUGCCAUCGAAAUCAGCACCAUCGCAGGAGGAGCCGCCCCAGGCCAGAGGGCGAGAGGGAGCAACCAUUGUCAAGAUAUAAAAAUUAAUGUAAA